AUGCCGCCCGCGAACCCCAUCACGCCGUCCUCAACCCUCGACCACGAAUCAUACAUGCGGCUCGCGAUCAGCGAAGCUCGUAAAUCGCCCCCACAGCCGACCAACUUCUGCGUCGGCGCCGUGCUCGUCAACGAGCGCACGGGGGACAUUCUAGCAACAGGCUACACACUCGAACUCCCCGGCAACACGCACGCGGAGCAAUGCGCGCUGCAGAAAUACGCCGAGGCACACGAGCUGCCCGAGGAGCGUGUGGGCGAGGUCCUGCCGCCGCAGUGCGCCGUCUACACGACCAUGGAGCCGUGCGCGCAGCGGCUGAGUGGGAAUCUGCCCUGCGUGGACCGCUUGCUGCGCGCGCGGAGGGAGCAGGAUGGCAAGGCGGUGGGCGUGGUCAAGGUUUUCUCGGGCGUUAGGGAGCCCGAGACUUUUGUGGGUGAGAAUGUGGGACGCAAGCGGUUGGGCGAUGGCGGGGUCGAGUGUAUUCUGGUGAGUGGGUUUGAGGAGGAGAUUUUGGGCGUGGCGACGGCGGGGCAUGUUAAGGAGUGA